UAUAAGGAAGAAAUCGCUUUCACAUCCUAGGAAUAUAACGCAAAUCUUUUCAAUAAUCAUCUAAAUGACGUCAUAAUAAUUGGUAAUUUUAGUUGUGUUAAUAAGUGAAAAAUCUACAAACUGCGGAGAUGAAGAUCUAUAAGACAGUUUUGGUGGGAUUGCUCGGGCUCAUGUGCGUCAACGCGGUUGCAGGCGAAUCGUUCCUCUCAACAGUGAGAAACUCCAUCGUAAACUGGGCUGGAAAUAUUUGGAAGGUCAUCACCACCGGCACUAGCCGAAGCCACGUGCUGUGGCAGAAGUGCGGGAAUCGCCAUGAUUUUUCCAACGCCUUAUUUGUGAAAAGUGCAAAAAGUCUCAUGAAACAAUCAAAGUCAAUUACGGCAAUUGAAAGCCAUGCGAAUAAACGCAUCGAUACUCAGAACGUCCAUAUAUAUUCUGUCACUCCAAGGAUAGAAGCUUUUCGCAAAGCGAGAGAAGACAUUGAUAAAGAAUUUGAUCGAUUACAGUUCCUGAAUAUAUCGACUGGAACAUCUGAUCCCACACAAAUGUGCGAGUGGGCGGAAGGACUUAUCGAACAGGAGACGAUAACAAAAUUAAUUAUACAAAUUCAUGAGGGUCUCGCGCCGGGUUCAGGUGGAAAUCCUUUAAUAGAUGAUCUUCUCGAUCAUAUGCAGGGUGCAUCAGGUGAGAUACUAUGUGGUUGGGGACAUUCAGCCUACGACUAUCUCCACUCAAUCUACAAUUUAGUGGUGGUGACAGAAAUGAGAGCGUUUAUUUUAGAAGCCUACCUCAAUCAUCUCUUGUAUGAGUACAAUGGCAGAGGAUGUAAAUACUCGAAAGCGAAUUCGGCAAGUCAAGUCAAGAUUUUGCGUGAGAGACUACAAACCCACGUCAAAGACUACACUGACGUUUUUAGUGAGAGAAUGUACCGAACGUCAAAAGAAUUCCAGAACUGCGGUGAUCGAUCUUUCCUAAGGGAUGAAACUUACUUCGAGUUGGAGGGAGUGGUCCAAGGUUUCAUGCAGCCACUAGACAUUGAAGGAAACGACGAGACACGAGCCAUGAGCUGCCGUAGUCUGAGCCAGGGUGGAUCAGAUGAAACGCAUCCGUAUUGUUUUUCUCAGCAGAAUCAGUGUCCUCCGAAGGUUGAAAAAACAUGCCCAGGGUACCUUAGGGAUUGCAAAAUAAUGUCGAAAUACGUGACAGCAUGUGUAGCGGAACAUGGUCCAACGCGUUAUGAAUGGAUUCAGGAAUCCAACAGUCAGCACCAAUCGUCCACUGCUUGUAAAUCUCACAAAUAUCUCUUGGAACAUCCGUGCUUUUGCACCUGUGUAGACAAUACUGUCCAUUCCUUCUCAACACAUCUCAUAAAUCUGCAACCGGUGGAGGCUGACGUGGCUGAGAAUAUGAUUCUAACUGGUGUCAGAUUUAUAGUGCAAAAACGGGUGUUGCAACUGCAAAUUCAGCAAGGAAAAUUUGGAAAGGAUUGGAGAAUCGACGGAAAACCUGAAUGGAAGCCCAUUGAUGACAUAAGUGAGAAGAUCCGUGCGAAAAGAUUGCGAAGAAAAUUACAAGGAGAGGAUCCGGAAGUUGAAGAGGGACGGGAUUAUUUCAUUGUUAGUGAGAGAACGCAAUUCAAUUUUGAUCAGCUGACCGUUUCCUUUGGUCAUGUUCUUACUGGAGUGAAGUUCGAUAUGGUUUCUGACGAAAAUUCAAUACAAAUUGCUAUAUUAUCUAGACCAUUUAAUAUAACAUCUGGAGAAUUAAGUGAAGUUGAUGGGGCGGCCAAAAUCCAAAAAAUGGUUUUUAGAAGGGAAAAGUGGUCCUAUCCGACAGACGAGGGUCGGGUACGAAUUGUCCCCGAACUAGAUAAGGCGGUGACUCUCAACACCACAGGACAGGAUAGUUGGAGACAGGGGACAGUACCGUAUUUCGAUGCAGCACCUCUUGUUUCAGAUCCACCGACUGCACUAGGAGGUUUCGGAAUAUUUCAUCGGUAUCGUGGCAACACUCCUGGUAUCAUCUCACCGAAAUUCAUUUCAAUGGAUUAUACUUAUUACAUGGAGGAGAAGCAGUACAAUUUGCCAAGCAGUGUGAAAUAAUUAGCUGAAAAAUUGUAAAACAUGAAAAAAUCAUUUUAUUUAAUUCUGCUGUCGAGUGAAGAAGUAAUUAUUUAAAAUUCAGUUUUCCUCAAUGACGAUGAAUCAUCAGAAUGAACCAGAAUCACUUCAAAUACAUGUAUAAUGUUUUGAUAAAUAUUAUAAGAAUUAUUGAAAAACUGAAAA